AUGGUUUUCACUCCAUUCGAUUUAGUAGUCGAAAUUCUCAUUCGACUUCCAGUGAAUUCAAUAGCAAGAUUUAAGCUUGUGAGCAAACGAUGGUGCUCUUCAAUCUCCAAUCCUCACUUCAUUGCUUCCCAAUUAGAGCACGCGAAGAGAAAGAAGGAUCAAUGUUUACUUCUAUCAUGCACAACUCAAGAGAAUCUUCAGUUCUACUCUGUAAAAGACGGUGCUCUUGCAAAUUUCGAGUAUUCGGCGCCCUCCAUCGAUGAUUCGUACCAUGUAAUGCCUUCUUGCAAUGGCCUGGUCUGCUUUUAUGGGAUUAAUUUUGGUGGCAUCAAUGUCUGCAACCCCAUUACCAAGAACUUGAUCAAACUUCCCAGCAGUGAUUCCAUGUUGGAGUGUUUGUUGAGUUGUGGAUUCGGGUUUAGUGAAGUGAAUCAUGAAUUCAAAGUGAUUAAGAUGUCGCGUCGUAAACAAACAGUAAUUGGCAAUGAUGAUGAUCUCAAGUUUGAGAUUCACACUCUAGGGAGUCAAUCUUGGAGAAAUGUUCAGAGCAAGCCAUCUGCCACAUUACAGAACAGAAAACCGCCCGUUUUCGCAAACGGAUUCUUCUACUGGCUCACAGCAAAUUCGUCUGUCCCUGGUUGUUUCAGUAUAGUGUCAUUUGAUAUUGACAAAGAGGUGUUUGGAGUUGUUGAUCCUCCUGGGGACUUAUUAAGGAAGAAGUGGUUUGUGUCAUGUUUGGAGGUGUUGGGAGGGAAUUUGUGUUUUGUGGAUUUGGAUUUUGAAAGCAAGAGGAGAAUGGAUAUUUGGGUUUUUAGAGGCAAUGAUCUUGGGUGGAGUCAAGAGAGUAUUGUUCAUGAAUCUGAACCUCUUGAUCUUGCUCGUCCGGUGGCGAUCAAUGGACGUGAAGUCUUGUUGUUAGGGUUUCAGGGAUUGAAAUAUUGUUUGAGUUGGUAUAAUUUGAAGAGUAGAAGUUUUAGGCCUCUUGAGAUCAAAGGGACUCCUCCACCAACAUUUUUCAUUGCUAGCUCUCAUGUUGAAAGCCUUGGUGUACCUUGGUUUACAGGUAAUGGUGAAGCUUAA